CUGACCAACAUCCGAGUCGAGGAAGAGAAGAAGAAGAGAGCGCGGUGAAAGUAUAAACAGAAGUGAGACGGCCGUUUAUGAUGCUCCAAAGCUGGGUAAUUCAUGACUUUAUGACACUCUGAAGACGCAGCAAACUGGAGGAAUUACAGCAGGAGAGACAACUGACAUAGUAAAGAUGGAGAUUAAAGAAGAACCCUGCAGAAUAAAAGAGGAAGAGACAGAGGAACUAAUAGACCAGACGGAGGGGAAUGAAGACAAACAGCACCAGUCUAAAAAUCCUCAACCAUUCACAGGUGAAAGUUCACAAAUAAAAACCGAACAGAAUUACACUGAGAAACGAGAUCGAAAAAUUGGAGCCAAAGGAUCUUUCUCCUGCUCUGAAUGUGGAAAGGUUUUCAGAAUCGAAUCAUGGCUUAAACGACACACACUGACGGUUCACGCUGGAGAAAAACUGUUCAAAUGCACGCCGUGUGGAAAGAGUUUCAUAGAGGAAGCCAAGCUGGAGUCACACCUGAAGAGUCACACUGCAAACGGAUCAUUUACCUGCACUGAGUGUGGAAAGAUCUUCAAAAGUAAAGACAAGUUAAACAACCACAUGGGGAUUCACAAUAACGAAAGACCCUUCAGCUGCUCUGUGUGUGGAAAGAGUUUCAAGACUAAAAACAGCUUAAGCCAGCAUCAGCGUAUUUACUGUGAAGUGAAGCCGUUGAGCUGUGAUCAGUGCCAUAAAACAUUUCUUACGAGAUCACAGUUAAAAUCACACCUUAAAGUUCACUCUAGAGAGAGACCUCAAGUUUGCUCUUUGUGUGGGAAGAGUUUCUUAUGUCGGAAUAGCUUAAUCGCGCACGAGCGUAAUCAUGCUGAAGUGAAGCCUCAUGUUUGCUCUUUGUGUGGGAAGAGUUUCUUAUAUAUGAAUAGGUUAAAGGAGCACGAGCUUAUUCAUACUGGAGUGAGAUCGCAUGUGUGUCCACACUGCGGGAAGAGCUUUAGUACAACGAGGAACUUAAGAAAGCACCAGAUUGUUCACGUCGAGGUGAAUCCGUUCUCCUGCACUCAGUGUGGAAAGACUUUCAGAAAUAAAAGAUCUGUUAAAAAUCAUCUGAUCGCUCACGCUGGAGUGAAGUCGUUCAGCUGUGAUCAGUGCGAUAAAACAUUUAUCCGUGCAUCAUACUUAAAGCAACACCUUAAAGUUCACGCUGGACUGAAGCCUCACGUUUGCUUUACGUGUGGAAAGAGUUUUUUAUCCCUGCCAUGUUUAAAGCGUCAUCAGCUAAUUCACACCGGAGAGAGACCGCACGUGUGUUCAGACUGCGGGAAGAGCUUCAGGACAUCAAACUACUUAAAAAAACACCAGAGGAUUCACACAGGAGAGAAGCCGUACUCGUGCGCUCAGUGUGGAAAGAGUUUCAGAUGCACGAAGAAUCUAAAACUGCAUCAGCGCUCUCAUUCUGGAGAGAAGCCGUUCAGCUGUGAUCAGUGCGAUAAAACAUUUGCUUGUCCAUCAAACCUGAGUAAACACCUUAAAGCUCAUGCUGCAGGACGGGUGUGUUCAGACUGCGGGCAGAGCUUUCGUACAUCACCCGAAUUAAAAACACACCAGAGGGUUCACACUGGAGAGAAACCGUAUCAGUGUUCACACUGCGAGAAGAGUUUCGUUCUUUCAAAAAGCCUGAAACUUCAUGAGAGAGUUCAUCUAUGCUCGUCCAGUGGAUAGUUUCAUACAGCUCAGACUGAUGGCUGAAGGUCUGGAAGUUUUUAACACCUUUUAACUUUUUUUUUUUUUUUUACUUUUAACACUUUAAAGGAUCAAGGACCGCCCAUUAUGUUACAGGUUGUUUUUAAUAACGUGGUUUUGGUGAGGUGCGAAAUUCAGAUGGAGGCCAGGAAGUAAAAAAAUGAAUGGGAGACACAGAGGAAAGUCCGUAUUUUUGCCAUUUAUACCAUAUUUCAAAGGAGAUAUAAAUAGAAAAUAUCCACGUAUGUUGGGCAUGAUCCUUACACUGCAUCCGGAAUUUAUAGAUAGCGCUUCACUUUUUCCACAUGUUUCAGCCUUAUUCCAAAAUGGAUUAAAUUCGUUUAUUUCCUCAACAUUUUACACACAAUCCCCCAUAAUGACAAUGUGUAAAGAGUUUUUGAAAUUGUUGCAAAUUUAUUACAAAUAAAAAAGCUGAAUAAUCUCAUGUACAUCAGUAUUCACCGCCUUUGGCGUGAAGCUCUAGACUGAGCUCAGGUACGUUCUGUUUCCACUGAUCAUCCUUGAGAUGUUUCAGCCGCUUCAUUGGUGUACACCUAUGAUCAAUUCAAUUGAUUGGACAUGAUGUGAAAAGGCAUACACCUGUCUAUAUAAGGUCUCAGGGUUGACAGUGCAUGUCAAAGCACAAACCAAGCAUGAAGACAAAGGAACUGUCUGUAGACCUCAGAGACAGGAUUGUCUCGAGGCACAAGGCUGGGGAAGGUUACAGAAACAUUUCUACUGCUCUAAAAGUUCCAAUGAGCACAGCGGCCUCCAUCAUCCGUAAGUGGAAGAUGUUUGAACCCCACCAAGACUCUUCCUAGAGCUGGCCGGCCAUCUAAGCUGAGUGAUCGGGGAGAAGGGCCUGAGUCAGGGAGGUGAUCAAUAACCCCAUGGUCACUUUGUCUGAGUUCCAGCGUUCCGUUGUGGAGAGAGGAGAACCUUACAGAAGGACAACCAUCUGUGCAGCAAUCCUCCAAUCAGGCCUGUAUGGUAGAGUGGCCAGACGGAAGCCGUUCCCCACCUGGAAUUUGCCAAAAGGCAUCUCAGACCAUCAGAAACUAAACUCUCUGCUCUGAUGAGACUCAAAUUGAACUCUUUGGAGUGAACGCCAUGCGUUACGUUUGGAGAUAACCAGGCAGCGCUCAUCACCAGGCUAAUACCAUCCCUACAGUGAAGCAUGGUGGUGGCAGCAUCAUGCUGUGGGGAUGUUUUUCAGCAGCAGGAACUGGAAGACUAGUCAGGAUAGAGGGAAAGAUGAAUGCAGCAAUGUACAGAGACAUCCUGAAUGAAAACCUGCUUCAGAGUGCUCUUGACCUCAGACUGGGGCGACGGUUCAUCUUCCAGCAGGACAAUGCCUCAAAGCACACCGCCAAAAUAUCAAUGAAGUGGCUUCACAAUAGCUCAGUGAAUGUCCUUGAAUGGCCCAGCCAGAGGCCAGACCUAAAUCCUAUUGAACAUCUCUGGAGAGAUUUGAAAAUGGCUGCAUAUCAUAGCUUCCCAUCCAACCUGAUAGAGCUUAAGAGGUACUGCAAAAAGGAAUGGGCAAAAAUUAAAGUGACAUUUAAAGAUAUGAUGGUUUGUUCUGUUUGCUUGUUCUAAAUAUAUAUCAACAUUUUCUCAAAUACAUGCAUAAUAAAGGGUAUACACGCAUA